GUAUCAUUGAUCACUUAACUGUUGAUAAUUGAUGAUGAUAGAAAUUGAGAUCUUUUUAUCCUGUAUACACCGCAACCUGUAUAUAACCGAUUUUGGCGUAAGAAAUUUAAAAUUUGAAGUUUUGGAGUGAGUGAGUGAGGGUUGGCUGGGAGGAGGAUGGUGGUGAGUUUUAAAUGUGGUAAUCGCUAUUUGGAACUCCUAAGCAUAGUUUGUCUAUAUAAGUUUAUCUGUUUUUAAUAUAGAAAUAGGAAUCAUCACAAGUUAGAUAUCAUCCAUAUCUUGUUUCAUCACUUGAUCGAUCCAUCCCUUCAACAUUUGUGAGUUGUUCUAACCAUUCGUUAUCUAUAAUUCGCUCAAUCAAAGGACCUCCUAUUUCUCCAACUUUUGAUAUUCAAUUACUUCAAUCCAUCCAUCCAUCAAUCCAUCAAUCAAUUAACAAGUAAGCGCUUUAAUAUCAUUCUGCAUAUAUAAUCACCCAUACCAUGUCUAAAUCAUUUGUUCGUUCCAUUAAAAACGUUGCUAAUGGUUAUUCAUCAGCUCAAGUUUUAGUCAGAAAGGCUACCUCCAAUGACCCUAAUGGCCCUAUAACGUAUGAUAUGGAAGAAAUCGCCAAUUAUACUUAUCAAUCUCAAACUGAAUUCUUGGAAGUAGUAGAUAUGUUAGAUCGUCGUCUUAAUGAUAAAGGGAAGAAUUGGAGACAUAUUGCUAAAUCUUUAACAGUUCUAACAUAUUUAGUUACUUAUGGUUCUGAAAAAUGUGUACUUUGGGCUAAAGAUAAUAUCUUCAUUAUUAAAACGUUAAGAGAAUUUAUACAUAUAGAUGAAAUGAAUAAUGAUCAAGGUGCCAUUAUUAGAGUUAAAGCAAGAGAAUUAGUAUCUCUUUUAAAUGAUGAUGAAAGAUUAAGAUUAGAACGUGCUAAUGCUGGUAAACGUAAUGGAAAUAGUAAUGGAAAUGGAAAUGAUAAACAAAAAAGAUCCAGAAGAAACACAAGAGCAAGAAAUCCUGAUGAACCUUAUGAUGCUGAUUUACAAAAAGCUCUUGAAUUAUCAAGACUUACUGCUGAAGAAGAAAGAGAUCGUGCUAAUGAAGAAUCAGAUGAUCCUGAUUUACAAGCUGCUCUUAAAUUAUCUUUAGAAGAAGAUGAAAUGAGAAAAAAUAAGAAUCAAAAUCUAUUAGAUUUAAAUGAUGAACCAUCUCAACAACCUCAACAAUACUACUUAACUGGUUAUUAUCAGCAACCUCAACAAUAUUAUAUAGAUCCUCAAGCUCAAUACCAACAACAACAACAAUAUGAUAUGUUUGGGAAUCCUAUUCAAAAUCCAAUGGCCACCGGUUAUUAUCAACAACAAGCAUACUAUCAACAACCUCAACAACCUCAACAAACAAAUAAAUUCACUGGAUUCAAUUAUGGUCAACCUCAACAACAAGAAGCUUUGCAGCCAUUAAAAACUGGAUCAAAUAAUCCAUUUGCCAUGUCAUCUUCUUCAGCUCCUAAGCCUGCAACUCAAACCUUAAAUGACUUAGCUCAACAACAGCAACAACAACCUCAACAACCUCAAUUCUUUACUCAACCACCUCCAAAACAAGAACCUGCUAGAGCUCAAACCAUGUCAAAAUUCAAUGAUUCUACUCAUUCUGAAUUAAAUGAUUUAUUAUCUCAAGGUACUGGUUUAGAUACCUUUGGUAAUACUGGAGCAACAAGAAUCCCUCAUCAACAUACAAAAACGCAAAACUUUAUAAAUUCAAGUGGUACCGGUUAUAGACAAAAUACAAAUCAAGCCCCAAAUUUAAGUUCCAAUGCUACUGGUAAUCCAUUCUUGAAUACUGGUAUUGGUUAUCAAGGUCAAUCUCAAACUCAAACCUCCCCACAACAACCACAACAAGCUCAAACUCAACAAUUCCAACAAUUCCAACCAGCUUAUACUGGAUAUGGAUUUGGAAAUGCUCAACCUCAAUACCAACAACAACAACCGCAACAAGCACAACAACAACAACCUAGGUACGGUGGUGAUGGUCCAAGUUUGAUUGAUAUUUAAUCAAACCCCAUUUUGCGCUUGUUGUAAAGACGAUUUUUUUCCUUUCUUCUAUCAGAGUAAUGGCUGCUGUCAUGUUUUAGAUCUAGUUAUGAGAGCUCUUCCGAGAAAGAGUAUGUAAAGAUUAUGUUUUGCCUUUUUUUUAUAUUAUUAUAUAUUACUAUAUAUUAUUAAAUACUUUUUUCAACAAGU